AUGGACUUGACUCGGAAAGUCUGGAUUCAGGAGGGUCCUUAUUUUAUGAAACACUAUUCUCAUGCCCUUUCUUCUUACAAGGAUUCAAUGAAGACAGAUUUUUGGCACGCGAUCGAGUCGACUCCAUUUCGCCUCCUCGACCUCCCCUUCGAAAUUCGCAGCGAAAUCUUCUGCAGGGCUAUUUCGAGCACCGAUAAUUACUGGCUAGACCGCGAAGUCAUCAUUUUUGGAGAAUCGUUAAAGUCGACAUAUUAUAUCCGUGGCCGCACCGUCUGGCGAGGCUCAAAUGGCGUGUACAUGAAUCUUCUAACCACGAGCCAACAGAUCUGUGACGAGGUGCAGCAGGCCCUUUUCAGCCGUUUUGCGUUCGACGCUCUUGGAUGGGGCUACACUUUGAGAUACUCUGACCCUUCAAAAACGCCCAACCAUCUCCCCAAGCAUCGCAUCAUGCACAUCGCCUAUACUCCGUACUUCACCGAAUACAUGCGUGAGCAUCGCCAGAGCGUUGAUCUCAUUCUCUCCGGGCUUCCUUUGCUUAUGGCGGUGGCACGCCUGUUUCGGCAAGUUGGAAAGGUUGCGGUUGUCGGCCAGUCCUUGAUGGGUGAGCUGCAGCAGCAGUUGGUGAUGGAGGCAAGGAAAGAGCUAGAGGAUGAACCGUGGUAUUGGGAGCUUGACCUGGAUUAUCUCUUUUCAUGCCUUUUCUCACCAGUACUGUUGAAGAGCAUCUCUAAGCCAGGGAGGGUGAUUUCAUGA